AUGCCGAUUUUCAAUUGCAAUACAUGCACUGGCAUCCCUGGCAAAUCGAUGAAUUCAAAAAUUUUAUUGGGACAAGCAUUCAGCCUGCUGUGUUCAUAUUCAUUCAUUGAAAGCAAAAUGAAAGGACAGGAGUAUACGAUUGCCAUGAUUGUAAUUGUCAUCAUGCAAUUUUGCUGCAUGUCCUCUGCUGAUUCUUUGGUACAUAUUUGA